GCCUGCUCUCGUCCACUUUACAGGCGAGGCGCAGUUCAUCUCGAACGAGCCUAAUAUCAGGUUUUUUGUGAGCCGCUGCUCGGUUAGUCUCGCGAUACAACGGGAUAUUACACGCUCUAUGCGCGUGCGCAGCCUCGCGCCCGUCAGAGAAGCUGAGUUGGGGGAUCAUGGCGGAGCGCAGGAGGCACAAGAAGCGGAUCCAGGAGGUGAGUGAGCCCACCAAGGAGGAGAAGGCGGUGGCCAAGUACCUCCGAUUCAACUGCCCUACCAAGUCCACCAACAUGAUGGGCCACAGAGUCGACUAUUUUAUUGCCUCCAAGGCAGUGGACUGUCUUAUGGACUCGAAGUGGGCCAAGGCGAAGAAGGGAGAGGAGGCUCUGUUCACCACCAGGGAGUCUGUGUUGGAUUACUGCAACAGACUCCUAAAGAAGCAGUUCUUCCACCGGGCUCUCAAAGUGAUGAAGAAAAAGCCAGAGAAAGACACCAAGAAAGAGAAGGAGAAGGAGAAAGAGAAGGAGAAGACCAAGGGUGACAGCAGCAAAGAGGAAGAGAGAAAAGGGAAGAAGGAGAAAGAAAAGAAGAAAGAGUCUGAGGCUGUUGAAACCAAGAAAGAGAAGAACGAUGACAGUCCUGGAACCCCCAAGAAGAAGAAAGAGGUGAAGAAAAAGUUUAAACUGGAGCCUCAUGAGGAUCAACUGUUUCUAGAUGGAAAUGAGGUGUAUGUGUGGAUCUACGAUCCUGUUCAUUUUAAGACAUUUGCCAUGGGACUGAUCCUUGUCAUUGCUGUGAUAGCAGCCACACUGUUCCCCCUGUGGCCAGCAGAAAUGCGUGUAGGAGUUUACUAUCUAAGUGUUGCGGCAGGAUGCUUUGUAGCCAGUAUAUUGCUUCUUGCUGUUGCUCGCUGCAUCCUCUUCCUGAUCAUCUGGCUGGUGACUGGCGGCCGCCACCAUUUCUGGUUCCUCCCUAACUUGACUGCAGAUGUCGGUUUCAUCGACUCGUUCCGGCCGCUCUACACCCACGAGUACAAAGGACCGCGAGCCAGCAACAAGAAGGGCUCAGACAAGACAGACGAGAAGGACAACGAUGGCAACAAGGCUCAGAAGUCAGACAGCGAUGACAAAUCAGACAGCGAGAAGAAGGACGGCGAUGAGGAAGAGGAGGAGGAGGAGGAGGAAGGCAAAGAGGCCGAAGAGAGUAAAGAAGCAGAAGGGGAGGGAACGGGGCCGGACCGCCACUCGGACACAGACAGCGACCGCCGGGAGGAAGAAGGCUCGCAGCACAGCAAUGGGAACGACUUUGAGAUGAUCACCAGGGAGGAGCUGGAGCAGCACACAGAGGAGGAAGACCAGGAGGAGGAAGACGAGGAGACGCAAGAAAGGAAAGAAGGCGGUGAGAGUGAGACUAAACCCCAGACUGCUGAAACAUAAACUUCUUACAAUCUCAUCACUCUCUACUUUUUCUCUCUCUGGCCUUUCCUCCCUUCCUCCUGUGAUCCCAGGACCUGCUAUUUCAGCCCCUCCGAGCCUGCCGAGGCAGAGGAGAGGCUUCAUCUCUUCUUGUUGAGAUCUUCCACUAAACCGUACCAAUAGAACAGUACUGGGAUAGACACAACGAUGAAAAGUAAAUGGCUACGACAAUGGGUGGGGGGGAAUCUAAAAGAAGCCUUAUUGUGAAUCUUAUUCCUCCUACCCAAAUGUUAUUUAUGUAAAAUUGAAAACUGCCACUGACAUGUUUGCCUGAGGAAGUUGUCAACAAAAAUAUCAAACCAACAAACACUGAGAGUUUUCAUUUUUUUCUUUCUCAUUUCUGAUUUCUCAUCUCAUGUUUCUUUUUGUCAUUUCAACUCAAAAUGUUUUUUUUUGUCCCCUCUCUUUGGUUACAUUUGGAUGUGAGGUCAAAGCAAAGAAGAGAUAUCAUGCUUAACGGACCAGUAAGCGAAGACGUGCUGGUUUCCCCGUUCUUUCACCUUUUGUUGGUGUUUUGGUGCAGCAGUCUGAUAGCUUUCUCAGGCAGCCCUUACAGCAAAGUAACCUGCUUUAAAACCUGAACCAAGCCGGAUGGACCAAAUCCUGUAGUUUACUCGAAGGAACCAAAAGCGACCAUGAUGUGGCUGGAUGGAAUAUAAUGAAAGCGGUGUAGCAUGACUCCUUGAGGUACUUGCCAUUUUCAGUAAGAAAAAAAAAAAAUUCUUCUAAUUCUUUUUUUUAUUGGCUGAUGAUCAUAGUGCAAUCUUCUACACAGUCUGAAGUAGUUCUUGUUAAAUAAUGUGGGACUUAUCUUUAAGAGUAAAUGUGAGAAACUGGGACACAGCUAGCAUACUUCAUUUUUAUUUUAUUUUUUAAAGAUUGCAGCAUUUGUUUAACAACAAAAGCUAGAAGAUGCUACGUUCACUGAUUAACUUGUCUUGUUUGCAAACAUAACAAGAUUUAAAGUAAACUCUAGUGCCAAACACAACUAAUAAUGAUGUUAUGCAUGCUGAUUUAAUAUGGAGAGCGGAAGAGCGAGGGGUACGUUUUUGUUAAUUUCGUCAUGUUGUAACCGCAGUGUCAAACUUCUCAAAACGUUUGCAUCUUUGAAAAGAUAAAUAAAGCACAGCACAAAGUUAUAAGUGUGUAGCUAAACAAAGAUUUUGGUCUCAGUGAAUCCUUUUAAGGUGUUAGCACUAGACUCCCAUCCAAACCAGUUCUGUCUUGUCUUGCACAAGCUGUUGUGUGAAAAUGGUUUUAUCGACUAAGCAGACCCCGGUUUCAUUUCCAAUCAAAGCCCAGUAGCUGGCGGCCAUGGUCCAAACUGUUCCUUCCCGUUAUCUUCUGGCUAGAAAUGUCUUAGAUGCUUUUUUUUUUUUAGUCAUAGCAAGGAUUAUAUAGUAUAAAAAAAAAUAGAAGUGUAUCAUUUAUAUAUGGAUUCUAUUGAUAUAUCAACUAUAUACAAUAAUUGCAGUCUAAAAACUAUAAAAUGACUAUUUUCCUUUUUUUAUUUUGUUUUAGGAGGUAUAAUUUGUAUUCUGCAGAUUUUUGUUUUUAUACAAUCCUAAAGAGCAAAUUUAUUAUUUAAAGGUAAAAUCUGGGAUUAGAAAAAAAAAACAGUGGUAAUUUAUUAAAUAAACAUUUUCCUGUAUUUCCUUUUUUAAAUUUGUCACCGUAACAUCUGAUUGUUUUUUUUUUUUUUUCCAACAAGAUUUCUCUUACUAACACAUGGUCAGUCAUUAACCCAAGUUCCGCCAGUGGAUUGUGUCACACUGCUGGUUCUCAUUUAGUCUGACGUGGCAACAAGUCCUCACAGUGAAACAGUAUCUUAAUAUAUUUCACCCAGCUUUCUGUACAGUUAUUUGUUUUGCCUAAAAAUGGACUCACUUAGACUGUAUUCAGUCUUUUGUUCUGUCUCCUGUUAUCCCACUGAGGUUUGUAACUCUUUCUAACUCACACGUCCAUGUUUCUUUUCUUGUAUGUCUGGGGUUUUUUUUUCCUUCCCCAAACGGGCAAAGUGCAUCUCUAUGUCCUGAGUUGCCAGUCACUGUACUCAAUAUUUGCAUAACCAUUUCACAAAAGAGAAUAAAAAGAUUCUCCCAAUUGUU